AUGAGAGGUCCAGUUUUACUAUGUCAAGAGAAAGAUAGGGUUCUUUUAAAGCAAAGCAGUAAGCUUGGAAAGAACGACGUUGUUUUGGGUAUUUCUGCUCAUGAGAACGAGGUGAAUGUGUUGCCAGCUGAUGUUUUUCCAGCGAGGGGUAAUAUCCGGAAGAUUGCUGCGGUGAUUGGUAUCUUGCAGUUGAAGAUUGGGAAGUAUCUUGUUAUCGCAAAUAGAGUGGAAGAAGCCGGUCGUUUGAACGGACAUAAUGUGUACAAGGUUGCAGAGCAUAAUUUGAUAUCUAUUGACAAAAAACAGCGUUCAGAUGCUGAUGAAUCGCAGUACUUGCAGCUUGUGGAUCGUCACUUGGAUAGUGCUACUUUGUACUUUUCGUACGGGUACGACUUGACGAAUAGCGUUCAGCGGAACGAGAGUAUUGAAGGUGUGUCUUGGAAGACUGCUGACACCAGAUUUUUCUGGAACCAUUAUGCGACGGAGACAUUACGCAAGGCUACGGAAGUGGAUGAUAGAGUUUCCGAUUUCAUCAUUCCAAUGAUUUACGGUUACGCGAAAGUGGUGGACACCACUUUUAACAGUACACCAGUGUCCGUUGGUUUGAUCACCAGAAGAAGUAUUUACAGGGCAGGUACUAGAUACUUCCGUAGAGGUAUUGAUGAAGACGGAAACGUUGGGAACUUCAAUGAAACUGAACAAGUGCUAUGCGUUCAAAAACCAAUGAAGGAUGGCUAUCAUUUGUUUUCAUUCUUGCAAACCAGAGGGUCUGUUCCUGUGUAUUGGGCUGAGUUGAACAACUUGAAAUACAAGCCGCAAUUGCUAUUGAGCGAGAAGAGCUCUUUGGACGCUACAAGAAAACACUUUGAUGAGCAAAUUCGCUUGUACAAUGAGAACUAUUUGGUCAACCUUGUGAAUCAAAAGGGUCAUGAGUUGCCAGUGAAGGAGGCCUAUGAGCAAGUCGUGAAUGCUUUAGAAGAACCAAAGCUUCAUUAUGUCUACUUUGACUUCCACCAUGAGUGCCGUAACAUGCAAUGGCACAAGGUGAAGCUUCUACUCAACCAGUUGGAGUCUAUGGGGCUUUCAAACAAAGACUUUUUCCAUAAGACUAUGGAUGCCAAUGGUAACACUAUCCAAAUUAUUUCCAAGCAACAAUCCGUUGUAAGAACAAACUGUAUGGACUGCUUAGAUAGAACCAAUGUCGUGCAAUCAGUGCUAGCUCACUGGGUGCUACAAGAGGAGUUCAAAUCUGUUGGGCUAACCGAUGACACCAAUUUGUGGGAAUCUGACAAGAAUUUAUUGUUCGAAUUCCAAAACUUCUGGGCUGACAAUGCCGAUGCUGUGAGUGUCGCAUAUUCGGGUACAGGUGCUUUGAAGACUGACUUUACCAGAACCGGUAAGCGCACUUACGUAGGUGCAUUGAUGGACGGUAUCAAUUCUCUGUCUCGUUAUUACCAGAAUAAUUUGUCCGAUGGACCUAGACAGGACGCAUACGACUUAUUCUUGGGCAACUUCAAGCCAUAUGCAAAUGUGGUACACUCUCCUUUCCCUGACAGAAGACCAAUGAUCAUCCAGGCUAUACCAACGGUUGUUUACGCAGCAAUUACCGUGAUGAUGGCAACGAUUGUGUUCCCUAAGGAUCAUUUCACCAGUCCUAAAAACCUCGCCUUCUUCUUUGGUUCCAUUGGAGUCAUGAUUGCUUGUGCUAACUUUGUGCUGAAGAAGGGUGUUCAAUACGUCAACUGGCCUAAGCUAGUUGACUUGGGUUUCUUGAUUGCCGAACACACUCAUAACAAGGAAAAAGAAUUCAAGGGCGUAAGCUACGUUCCUGAUCCAAACUUUAUUAGACCAAACUCUUUAAAGAGAGAUUAG